CACAGCCCGGGACCCCUGGCCCCGUGGCUCCUGGCGCCCGCCGCGGGCUCUGGCGCAGGGCAGCCUCCCGGCCCCCGCCGCCCCUCGGCACCUUCGUCUCCAGCGGGAGCCCCCAGCUCCUGCUCACCCUCCCUGCGCAGGUGACGCGGCACCAGCGCACGCGCCAGAGGCACCUCCUGCUCUUCCCCCACGCGGUCGCCAUCGCCAGCUUCAAGUAAGAAGAGCCACCACAGCCCUCCUUCCUCCCCAGCACCGCCUCGGCCAGGGUCUCCCGCGGGAACGCUGCAUGCCCAGCACUGCUCUGGAAGGAGAGCAGGGGGCAGGAGAAGGGCACAGGCUCCUGCUCUUGUCCUCCUCCCCUGCAGGCCCUCACCAAGGGUGCUGCUGGCAUCACUGCCCUGCAGCCACUUCUCCAACGGCCUCUGCGUGGCGGCUGCAAAGGAGGCUCCUUGCUGCUGCCUGGGGCUCGGGGCCACCCUCCCCAUGGCUCUGCCCUGGGAAACGGCUCUUCCUGGGGGACAGCUGGGGUGGCCCCCACGCUGCACACCCACACCCCAGGCCCUGCUCUGCCUCCCUGCAGGUGCGGCUCCAUCUUCUGGCUGAAGCACCGCGUGCGGCUCAGCGAGCUCUGGGUGCUGUGCAGCGAGGAGGCAGCCGCAGCCAGGCCUGAGGAGGAGGAGGAGGAGGUCUUUGGCCUCAAGUGCAGCCGCACCCUCAUCCUCGUCUGGCCCACCAACCUCUGCGUGGUGACCUUUGGGUCGCAGGAGGUGAAGCAGCUCUGGCUGGACACGAUGCUCCGGUAAGCUCUGCCAGGGAAUGCAACCUGCCGCCGCAAGGCUGAGAGUGGGCGAGUGCUCCCGGUGGAGCUGCACGCAGAAAGACCCAAAUGUCGGUGGGGAAAGGUGCCGCCACUGCCCAGGGCAGCUCCUGCGCAGAGCCGCGUGACUUGCUCAGCCUCGCGGUUGCAGUCAGCACCGACGCCGGGAGCUGCAGAGCGGUGCUGGCAGCCAGCGCUGCGGGAGGCUCUCGGGGGUCGGGCUGCCAGGCAGCGUGGGGCUGGCUGGCAGCAGAGAGAGCAGCGAGGGCUGGGGGUGACAGAGCUCUUCCCGUGCCCUUCCCUGUGCACAGGCAGAGCCCAGGAGCCCCAGGAGCCAGGCUCACCCGACUGCCCUCCCUGCGGCUCCUCACCAAGGUCAUUGGCUUCUACGGUCCCGAGAUGUCACUGACGGCGGCGACCGUGGAGACGCUGAUUUCGGUAGAGGCUGACGCCAAGAAAGGCCCCCGCUUGGACCCUUCCGACGGCGAAGAGGCACUUGGCCACUCGGCUGCAGAGGGAGCGAAGGCAAGAAGGCAGGUGAUCUCCUGGCCACUUGCUCGGCGAGGAACCUCUGCCAGCAGGGCCUGCCCUGUCCCAGGGCAGCUCGCCUCUGGCCCCAGGGCGGCUCUCUUUGGCCAGCCUCUGGCAGCUCUCUGUGGGCAAGACGGGGGCCUGCCCCAGCCAGUCCAGGAGCUCCUGGCUAUACUGUAUGAGAAAGGGCCUGCCACCGAGGGCAUCUUCAGGAAGGCGGCGAGCGAGAAGGCCCGCAAGGAGCUGAAGGAGGUCCUAAACCAGGGCAAGAGCGCUGACCUGGACAGCAGACCCGUGCACCUCCUGGCAGUGGUGCUGAAGGACUUUCUUCGGGAUAUCCCCUCCAAACUCCUCGCGGACAGCCUCUACGAGGAGUGGAUGCAAGCGCUGGAGAAGCCAAGCCAGCAGGACAAAAUUGACAAGCUGAAGGAGGUGGCCGACAGCCUGCCCACAGCAAACCUCCUGCUGCUCCAGCGCUUGCUCGCUGUGCUGCGUCACAUCAGCGAAAACGUGGAGACCAGCAAGAUGGACACCAGCAACCUUGCGAUCUGCGUGGGGCCAAAUAUGCUGAGCCCCUGCACGGACAACGUGCUCACGCUGGCAGAGCUGAAGGAGAGGAACGACAAGGUGACAGCCCUGGUGGCGUUCCUAAUAGACAACUGCCGAGCAAUAUUUGGGGAGGACAUCACCUUGCCCUUCAGUCCCUCGGCCCAGGAGUCACCGGAGCACACCAACAGCUCCACAGGACACCCAGGGGCUCCUCAGCAUGACGGUUCUGCCUGCAACAGCGCGGAGCCGCAAGCUGAAGGCAGCACCCCCGUGUUGGAGCUGGAGCAGCCCAAGGGCAGGAGCAGCAGUCUCCGCAGGCCCUAUCCUACCUGCGUCUCUGCCCCUUCCCUGAGCAAUUUCACCAGUGGCAUCAGCAGCAUGGACAGGUGCUUCUCAGAACCAGACCUGUCCUGCCACGACCGCCUGGAAGGCUGGGCAAGGGAGCAGGAGGCCAGCGAGAGGGAGGGCAAACUGCCAGGGCAGCAGUAACAGCUAAGGUUGCAGAAGGAGGCACUGGAACAACACCGUGCAGGAUUGCCUUCCCAGCUAUCAAACAGCUCUCCCUGCCCCAAACAGCCUCCAGCUGCUCCCUGCACAGCUCCUUGCCUCAUCUGAUGCCUCCGUCUUCCCCACUUCCACACUACUUUCACCCUCUACUCCACAAAAGACCUUUCGAAAGAGGCCCCAGGCUUUUUCCAUCAAGUGCACCGAGGACGGCAGGACACCUGGCAGAGCCAUCGGAAAGCGCUGCGUGUCAUGCUCUUUGGCAAACCGCAGGAAAAGGUGCCCAAAAAUCCUCCAGAGCUGGGGGCCUGGGAAAACAGGAGCUGCCAGAGAGACAGCUCCCCAAGGACAGACAGUCAGUUCUCCUGCACAAUUGUCCAGGGAGACAAGAAAAGCCCUUGCCUGUGGCAUAUCAGCAAGGCCCCAUUUCAAGGCAGCGGAGGAAGUGUUUCGAGAGGAGGGUGGAGCAGAGGAAUUCUGGAAGAACCCCCCCUUAUGAAGAGCCUCCCUAGACCUGCCUGACCACGAGAGUUCCCUCUAUGGCCUCACAGUAUCAGCCGCGAGAUCCACCACGUCCAAGCAGGACACUCUGCCCCCCUGCCCAUGCCCCAGCUGUGCACAGGACACGGCAGAGGUGUCUCCAAGGCAUGUGCUCAGGGCCCGAGGUUCUGCACAGAAGGAUUUGGAGGUGGAAACCACAACCCGCACGGUUCCUGCUGGAAGAAACUCCCCUGGCAGUUUCCCUGGGACCCCUGCAGCGCAUCGACUGGGAGCCGUGUGUGAAUCCUGUCAAGGACCCAGCCCAGGGGUCACCUUCUUGGGCACCCGAUGGAUAGGGGGACGGAAAACACUGCCAGAAUCUAUAUGAGAGGUGAUAGAAAACAUUCCCACACUUUCAGAUCAAAACCCUUGAGACCUGUCUGAGGAACUUGGGGGGUUUUGGAGGUGACACUUUCCUGGAUUCCGUAUUCAAGUAGCACCUCUGCAUGAUUUGCUGAGGAAAAGCUCCCUACGGAAUUGGGAACCUCAACACCAGGCAGCAUUAAGUGCUUUCAAAAAGGAAAUGCUUGCUUGACCAUCGAGGGGGCACCCCCCAGCCUACAUGCCCAUGGGAUUACGGCAACAAAAUGUGCAAGGCGGGAUUAUGGCAACAAAAUGUGCAAGGCGGAAAGGAUUACACCGUUGCCAUAGGCUCUAAAGUUUGGCAAGGGUGCCAGGAGAACCACACUCCCUUGGAGAAAGUGCUCUUAGCUGCCUAAGAAGGGCAGCUAACAACCGAGCCAUUAACGCAAGAAGGGAAAAAAAGCUAUGCGUGCUGAAAAGUAUUACAGGCCCUUAGAAUGCAGCUACCAAAGAGCUCUUCUUCCUGUUGCUAGGGACUGGACGCAUCAGGGACAUUCAUACAAAAGGAAUGGCUUGAGGCCAAGAUGCUGUCAUUCCUAGUGUCUUUCAUGGGAAUGUGUGGGCACCUGCCUUGGCAGGAGAUCAUUUGCAUUGCCGUACUCAUGGCACUGAGGAGGUUAGCCAGCACUGCAGCUACUGGCUAUGCAGGCAGGGAUUGACCUGUCCUACCACGCCCAGAGCUCUGGAAUUAGGCAGGAGGAAACACUCAGCUGGUCCCUGCGCCCGGCAACUUGCCUGUGGUACCGAGACAUGACGAGCAUAUGACAAUGCUUUGGGAGGCAUCUGGGUAUGCACCUUCAGUUGUAUUCCCUGCAAAGAUGAUGUCAGCUGUGAAGUUGGCAACGUUAGCUGUUGGAAUGGGACAUCUGCUUUUGAUCAAAUCACCAAGCAGAAGUACUGCUUAGCUUCUCCUGGGACUGAACACAAGAUGUCUUCUUUGGCACCAUUUAAUACCUCGGUAACACUUGGAGUGACCUUCCAUCAACUAGACAGCUUUCCCAAAAAUCCCCGCCAAGGCCACUAAAUGUCUGUGCAGAACUGGAAAACACUGAGAAGAGAGAGAAGGAAAAAUGAGGGAUGAUCUAGCAAACUGAUUCAGUGAGCAAAAGUGGAAACCCGCCUGCCUGAACAGCCUUGGGAUGAGAUCUUGAAAGGCUGGUCACCAAAAGCUCUCCGUGCAUUGCGAAUGAUGCUACCUGCUCUGCUCCUACUGUUAAUAAACACCGCCUUGUUCUUUGUUGUCACCUUGA